GGCCAGUUGUAUUUUGGCUAUUAGCACGUACGGAGCUGCGCCCGCGCCUUGAGUCCGAAUCGAAGUCCGAGCCAAGUGUGAAAAACAUAUAAACGCUAUAUAGAAACUAAAAGUUAAUUGAAGUUGGUGUUUAACACACUUUCGUCGGUUGUUUUGCACAAGAGCGAAAGUUGCGUGCCCCCAGUGGAGUGGAGUACACCCAAAAGAACCCAAAAAAAUCUAUAAAACACGAGAGAGAGACAAUACGGAAAGACAAAAGCGGGUCAGCAGUAACCUUCAAUUUGAUUCCGAUUCUAUUUCCUGAUCUCAAGAUGCCUGCCGCCAGCUCCCAUCCCCGCUUGUUCUUCUACUUGCUGUGCGCCGCCUCGCUUUUCGCCGUCUCCAAAUCGGACACCGGUAGUACAAAGAACUCCUAUUUCACGUCUUAUUUCUACUAUCUAGCCAUUAACUUUAUUAAUCCGUUUGCAAUGCCGAUAUUCUAUCGCUUUGUAAAUGUUUAGCCGCUGCAGUCCCCGGCCGACGAUCUAGCCUACGACGCUGCUCUACAGUUGGGCCUACUCAACCACCGUCUCAACCCAGGCCACGAAGAGGAGUCGCGGCAACUCAGUUUGCCGAAUAUAACGCUGAACAAUCUCGUGAAUCGCGUACCCUGUAGCUGCGACACUGGACUGUGCACAUGCUGUGCGGGUUUCCUCGCGGUGAUCGGCAUGAACAGCUGCACGGAAGUGGCCUACCGUCCGGAUGAGUUCUCCUUUGAGCUGCGCAUGCGGUUCCGGCCAAAGGUUUCUGGUCAGAAUCCGCCGCCGUUCUGCUUCAGGCCGCCACGGUUCAAAUUUGCCCGGGCCUGCAUUCAGUUCCAUGACAUUUGGCUUGUGGGCCGCAACAUGCACGUCUGCAUGUACAUGUCCGGCGAGUUCCAGGGCUUCGAAUUGUUCGAGAGGAACUUUGAUUGUCUUCUGUUCGGCGAUCACGGCGUCAAGAUCGUCCCGCCAGAGCAGAGCUAUCCGUCGAGACCCAACGGGGUGGACAUCCACGAGGGAGAUGACGUGAUUGAAGACUACGAUGAGAAAGUUGUCCGCAGCUUAGCAGAAAAGAUGAUGGGCUGA